CCACUCUUCUCGACGCUUUACACCUGCUAAAAACCAUGAGGCCAUCAUAUCUUUUCCACAACAUUGCUGCCUUUAGCGGCGCGGCCAACGCCUUCUGGGGCCAAAUGGCAGCCGAGCCCAAGCACGAAGACGAGGGCGGUGUUUACCAAUGGGUGCACCUAACCGAUUAUAACACCGGCUCUAGAUAUUCAACUCAGUUGCCCGGCGGCUUUGAUGGGUGCGCCUCGCCAUUCGCAUGCUACCCUGUGUUCAGAGAAGACUCUGGUGGAAGCUACAACUUUCAUUCCAAGGUUUGGAGGUCUGCUGAUGGCUGCCAUCACAUUGAUUUCCAAGGAGGUCUUGAUGCACAUGAAGGAUGGUGCUGUGGAUCACUGCCUUGUGAUUUUUCGGCCUAACACGAGCUGGAGUUGUCUUUUCUCCUCUUGAAAUGUUUCAUUUUUACCAUUUUCACUCGUAGUAGCAGCGCAAGUCUGCCUAAGAGAGGAUGAAACUGUUGAGGGGGGUUGCGAGUUUCCAA